CUACGUGGCCUCCUCCCCCGGCCCUCCCGGUCUCGCCUCGCGGGCAGAGAGGCGGGCGAGGGCCGGGGAGGAGGAGGGCGCGCCUAGGCCGCGGCUCUGAGGCGGCUCCUCCCGCGCCGGAGGGGGGCCUCUCCCUCGCCGCCCCCGACCGCUCCGCCCAAUCAGCUCCGGCCCGGCUCGGCCGGCGGCUCCUCCUCCCCGGCAGAGGCUUCCUUUCCCUCGAAGCCGCCGCCGCCGCCGAGCGAGGCAGAGCUUUCACCGGCCAGCCUGGGCGAGCGCCGACGCCGACGCCCGCCAUGGACGUCCAGCGGCUCUGCAGGGGCCCGGCCGGCUCCGAGCCCUUAUGGGACUGGAAUUUAACAUGGUACACCGAAAACCCAGACUUCACCAAGUGCUUUCAGAAAACCGUCCUCACCUGGAUCCCUUGCAUUUACCUCUGGGCUUGCUUCCCAAUCUACUUCGUGUACCUCCAGCGCCAUGACAGGGGAUACAUCCAAAUGUCGCAUCUCAACAAAGCCAAAACAGCCUUGGGCCUCUUAUUGUGGAUAGUCUGCUGGGCAGACCUUUUCUACUCUUUCUGGGAAAGAAGUCACAACAUUUUCCGAGCUCCUGUUUUUUUAGUCAGCCCUACGAUUUUGGGCAUAACAAUGCUGCUUGCCACAUUUUUGAUACAGUACGAGAGGAUGAAAGGAGCCCAGUCUUCAGGAGUCAUGUUGCUCUUCUGGCUUAUUGCGCUCCUGUGCGCCACCGUAACUUUUAGAUCCAAAAUUAUGCACGCCUUGAGUACGGGUUCUGAAGUCGAUGUUUUUCGUUAUAUUACAUUCUACAUCUAUUUCACUUUGGUGCUAAUCCAGCUGAUAUUAUCCUGUUUUCCUGAGAGGCCGCCUUUGUUUUCGGAAACAGUUCAUGACCCUAAUCCCUGCCCGGAAUACAGCGCUUCUUUUCUGUCCAGGAUCACAUUCUGGUGGAUCACUGGGUUGAUGAUUCAAGGAUAUCGGCAGCCGUUGGAAGCGAAAGACCUGUGGUCGUUAAACAAGGAGGAUACAUCUGAAGAAGUGGUGCCUGGUAUGGUUCAGAACUGGGCGAAGGAGUAUGCGAAGGCAAAAACGCUCUCGACGCCAAUGCUGUACUCGCCCAAGAAACCUACAAAAUCCAGUGGCUCGAACGGGGAUGUGACGGAAGAAGCUGAAGCUCUGAUCAUCAAACCUUCUCAAAGGGACAAGGAGCCGUCUCUUGCUAAGGUGUUAUACAAGUCGUUUGGGCCAUACUUCCUCAUGAGCUUCCUCUUCAAGGCCUUUCAUGACCUUAUGAUGUUUACAGGACCUGAACUCUUAAGGUUGCUCAUCAACUUUGUGAAUGACGAGAACGCCCCCAAUUGGCAAGGCUACCUGUACACGGCGCUCCUCUUCGUCUCCACCGGCCUGCAGACUCUGGUCCUCCACCAGUACUUCCACAUCUGCUUCGUGACGGGGAUGAGGCUUAAAACAGCUGUGAUUGGUGCAGUCUAUCGGAAGGCCUUGGUCAUCACAAAUUCAGCAAGGAAGACUUCUACAGUUGGAGAAAUUGUCAACCUGAUGUCGGUGGAUGCCCAGAGGUUCAUGGACUUGGCUACCUACAUCAACAUGGUCUGGUCUGCACCUUUGCAAGUCAUACUGGCUCUCUGUUUGCUGUGGCAGAAUUUAGGUGCCUCUGUGUUGGCCGGUGUGGCUGUCAUGUUGCUCCUGGUUCCAGUCAAUGCUGUGAUAGCAAUGAAAACAAAGACCUAUCAGGUUGCUCACAUGAAUUGCAAGGACAACCGGAUUAAGCUGAUGAAUGAAAUUCUCAAUGGGAUCAAAGUGCUAAAACUUUAUGCCUGGGAAUUAGCCUUCAAAGAGAAAGUCCUGGGGAUCAGACAGGAAGAGCUGAAGGUGCUCAAAAAGUCCGCUUACCUCUCUGCUGUGGGGACGUUCACGUGGGUGUGUGCCCCGUUCCUGGUUGCUCUGUCAACAUUUGCUGUUUUUGUCAAAACUGCCGACCAGAAUGUCCUGGAUGCUCAGAAGGCCUUUGUGUCGCUGGCGUUGUUUAACAUCCUCCGGUUCCCCCUGAACAUCCUUCCGAUGGUCAUCAGCAGCAUUGUGCAAGCCAGUGUGUCUCUGAAGCGUCUCCGAGUCUUCCUGUCUCAUGAAGAGUUGGAUCCAGACAGCAUCGUCAGAGGUUCCAUCAAAGACUCUGAUGGAAACAGCAUUAUUGUGAAGAGCGCCACCUUCAGCUGGUCAAGAAGUGAUCCUCCAUCUUUGAACAACAUCAGUCUUGCGAUCCCAGAACACCGCUUGGUUGCCGUCGUCGGUCAGGUCGGCUGCGGCAAAUCCUCGCUGUUGUCUGCUCUGCUGGGGGAAAUGGAAAAGAGAGAAGGGCUCGUCUCUCUCAAGGGCUCCAUCGCCUACGUCCCUCAGCAAGCUUGGAUCCAAAACGCGACUCUGAAGGAAAACAUUAUAUUUGGAAGAGAAGUGAAGGAGAACUACUACAAGCGUGUGAUUGAGGCGUGUGCCCUUUUGCCAGAUCUGGAGAUCUUCCCAUCAGGAGACCAGACCGAAAUUGGAGAAAAGGGUGUAAACCUGUCUGGUGGCCAGAAACAAAGGGUCAGCCUGGCCCGAGCCGUCUACUGUAACGCUGAUGUCUACUUGCUGGACGACCCCUUGUCAGCUGUUGAUGCUCAUGUUGGGAAGCACAUCUUUGAGAAAGUCAUUGGACCAAAGGGAAUCCUCAAAAACAAAACUCGAGUGUUGGUAACCCACGGCGUUGGUUACCUUCCCUUUAUGGAUACAAUCGUAGUAAUGACAGAAGGAAAAAUCUCCGAGAUGGGGUCCUACCAAGAGCUGCUAAAGCAAGACAGGGCCUUUGCAGAGUUCCUGCGCACGUAUGCCAGUGCGGAACAGAAUGUGGACAAGGAAGGUACCAGGUCAGAUGAGGACGAAGAUGCAAACAGCCCAACCACAAAGGAAGGGAAGCACAUGGAAAAUGGGGUUCUUGUGAAUGAAGCCUCGGGAAAAGAAGUCAUGAGGCAGCUCAGUAACUCUUCCAUGCACAGCGGGGAAACUGGGAAGUCCUUGAAACAGAACAGCACAGCUGAGCUUCAGAAGACGCCGGAAGAAAAAGGUGCCUGGAAAUUAACAGAAGCGGACACUGCCAAGACUGGGAAGGUGAAGCCGGCUGUCUACUGGGAGUACAUGAAAGCCAUUGGGCUCUGCAUCACCUUCAUGAGCAUCUUCCUCUUUCUCUGCAACCACACAGCCUCGCUUGCUUCCAACUACUGGCUAAGCCUGUGGACGGACGACCCUGUUAUCAAUGGGACGCAGCAGCACACAGACCUCCGGCUGGGCGUGUACGGAGCGCUGGGAACGUCUCAAGGUAUUGCCGUGUUUGGCUACUCCAUGGCUGUUUCAAUUGGAGGGAUAUUUGCUUCCCGCCGUCUCCACGUCAACCUGCUCCACAACAUUCUGCGGUGCCCCAUGAGCUUCUUUGAGCGGACGCCCAGCGGGAAUUUGGUGAACCGGUUUUCCAAAGAAAUCGACACCAUUGACUCCAUCAUCCCCCAGAUCAUCAAGAUGUUCAUGGGCUCCAUGUUUAACGUCAUUGGGGCCUGCAUCAUUAUCCUCCUGGCCACGCCAGUGGCUGCUGUGGUCAUUCCUCCCCUGGGAUUCAUCUACUUCUUUGUACAGCGCUUCUACGUAGCCACUUCCCGCCAGCUGAAGCGCCUGGAGUCGGUCAGCCGUUCCCCGGUCUACUCCCACUUCAACGAGACGCUGCUGGGGGUCAGCGUCAUCCGAGCCUUCGAAGAGCAGAAGCGCUUCAUAAAGCAGAGCGACGUGAAGGUGGACGAAAACCAAAAAGCUUACUACCCAAGCAUCGUCGCCAACAGGUGGCUUGCAGUCCGGCUGGAGUACGUUGGGAACUUCAUCGUCCUUUUCGCCUCUCUCUUCGCCGUCAUUGCCCGCAAUAGCCUGAGCCCUGGACUGGUUGGGCUCUCCAUCUCCUAUUCGCUGCAGAUUACCACUUACUUGAAUUGGUUGGUUCGCAUGUCGUCCGAGAUGGAAACAAACAUCGUUGCUGUGGAAAGAGUCAAAGAAUACUCUGAGAAGGAGAAAGAGGCAGAGUGGACCAUUAAGCAGACGGCCCCACCAAGCAACUGGCCCCACGAAGGCAAGGUGGAGUUCAAAGGCUAUGGCCUUCGCUACAGGGACAACAUGGAUUUGGUCCUGAGGGACAUCAACAUCACCAUAGAUGGAGGAGAAAAAGUGGGCAUCGUUGGAAGAACGGGAGCUGGAAAGUCGUCCCUCACUCUCGGCUUGUUCCGCAUCAACGAGGCAGCCGAAGGGGAGAUUCUCAUUGAUGGGAUUAACAUUGCAAAGAUUGGGCUCCACGACCUUCGCUUCAAGGUCACGAUUAUCCCCCAGGACCCCAUCUUGUUUUCUGGCUCCCUGCGCAUGAAUCUGGACCCUUUCGACCAAUACUCCGAUGAAGACGUCUGGAUGUCUUUGGAACUCGCUCACUUGAAAAACUUUGUCUCGGCACUCCCUGAUAAACUCAACCACGAGUGUUCCGAAGGAGGAGAGAACCUCAGUGUGGGGCAGCGGCAGCUGGUGUGCCUCGCUCGAGCCUUGCUUCGGAAAUCCAAAAUCCUGGUUUUAGAUGAAGCUACAGCAGCCGUGGAUCUUGAAACAGAUGACCUCAUACAGUCAACAAUCCGGACGCAGUUUGAGGGCUGCACAGUCCUAACGAUAGCACACCGGUUGAACACGAUCAUGGACUAUACACGGGUGAUUGUCCUUGACAAGGGUGAAAUUGCGGAAUAUGGCUCCCCUGCCAGCCUAAUCCAGAAGAGAGGCAUUUUCUACAGCAUGGCCAAAGACUCUGGCUUGGUUUAACGCCUGGUCCGCGGCGUCUCUCGCUGGGGGUGCAGCUCAGAAGAGGACUGGCGAACCAAACACGGACGAAGACGGCAGCCUCUGCCAAAAUCCAUUGCCCAAGAAACUCCAGCCAAACAAUUCCACUUCUUGCAACAUAAUGGAGACACAACAGGCACAAAAUCUACUUCUCUCCUCUACACUUUCCUGACCUUUUAAAGGGUUAGUUUUCAAGCAUAGCAAUGGACAGGUUGUUUCUUUGAGCCCCAAUCCCAUCUAUUUACCCAGAGCAGGGGUGGUUAUAUUUUGGCCCUUCGAAUGCUGCUGGUCUGAGUCCCCUCUGACCCCGUUGGCCACGACCAAAUUGAGUCCUUGGAGGAGGCUUGGCUGAAUUUGUGCCUAAAACAUUGCUCAGCCAUCCUGGUUUUUGUGGCAAGGAGCUCUUGGAGAGACUGGGUAAUUUCCUUUUGAAAACCCAGCAUCUCAAUGGGAGAAACCUUUAGAGAGGAUAGGA